AUGGCGGACAAAAUCAUGGCUGAUUCGCUCUCGUCCGAAAAACCUGAGGACAAAUCAUCGCAAGAGGAGAGAUCUGGCAACGGCCAAAACCUGAUAGUAGACGAGGAGGAGCAAGAGAAACAGGCGGAACGUGAAUUGACUCAAACGGACCAUCUGAACAAGAAGUUAUUGAGCUCGUUUUUGGAUCGAUUGAACCAAGCAGCAACACAAUUCCCGGAAGUUGAACGGGCAAGAGAGCUCGAAGAGGAUGGUCGUGACAACAAACUUGCUGAAGAGGGUUUCGAAGACUAACAAUGAGUGUCCGAGUUAGAGACCUUGGAACUCAGCACGACAGACUUGUAUAUGGACAAAUACAGUGCUUAAUUGGUAUCUUUUUUAGCGUCAUGGUGCAUUUUAACUUCCGUAACGCUAUUCUCAGUUUGUGCCAGUGGAUGACUAGUAUAAAGGUCAAUUUCAUUAACCGACAGGACUACUCAGCACUACCCAGUGUUACAUGUGCAUCUUUUAUGGCUUUCACGUGACACACCUUGAACUUUGAAUGAAUCUCGACAAUAUUUAUGCAAAUGAGUUGUUACGCUGUGGGACGAAACUUUAUCUUGUAUCAUUGACCUGGUGAGAUCUCUGUAUUUUGUAUUGCUGCACAACAUAAACUGAACAAAGCGUACGUGUGAACCAUAUUUUGUUUGUUACCUAGGUACAGCCACCCCUCCUAAAUUGAAAAUAGUUGUACCAUGGGUAUUACAUCUCUCAUAUCAGGGUCACUAUGGUAUCACCUGCCCCUCCAGCAUGAUCUGACAACUGGAAAUUAUCAGUCGGUUUUUGUUUAUAAUCUUGAGGUAAAAAUAGAAUCUGUUUAUCUCAAAAAUCACGCAAUUAAUAAAGCAUCUUAAUGCGGGGGAGUCGUCACCUGCACAUACGUCAGAUGGCCAUAGCGUGUCAUUGUUCACAAACA